CGCUUGCCAAAUGCCUAUAGCUUCACCAUGUGCGACCCUGACAAGCCUAAAGUCGCCCACAUUGUAGCUGACUCAUCCUCAUUCCUUAGACGGUUCAAAUUUGAUAACUUUGGAGUGGAAAUUUGUACUUCCCCUGAAGUCAUCCGUGAGCUUAAGGAUGUGAAGACUAGAGAAUUUAUACAAAGCAUCCAGGUCCCCAUCAGACUUGUCAGCCCUGAGCAGGAUUAUAUAAAUCGAGUUGUAAAAUUGUCCAAAAAGACGGGCGACUUCACGGCCCUCUCCAAGAUCGAUAUAAGCUUAAUAGCCCUAACCUAUCAGUUACACUGCAACCUUGUUGGUGACCCCAAGGAAUUGGAGGUUUGUCCUCAUCAAAUAUUUAGUUGCACUAAGAUUUCUGAGAUGCCUGCUUUUCUUCCUCUAGCAUUUUCUUUUAUCCCAGAAUAUAAACGGGAUGACUGUAGCCCUUCUGAGAGUGAUGGGGUUUCCGAAGAAGACGAUUCUUGUGAACUAAACGCCACAAAAUUGUCUACGCAAUUAAAUCACAUUGAUAAAGGUAUUGACCACUCAACCACUGAAGAUGAUUGGAUUACUGCUGAUAAUUUUGAAGAUAAAUCUUUAAGUAAUUAUGGCCUUGGUGGCACUAUAGUUGAUGAUCAGGUUUCUUUGGACAAGUAUGAUCUGCCUCUGCCUCAGGUUGCUUGUCUCACUUCUGAUUUUGCAAUGCAAAAUGUUCUUAUGCAUGCAGGACUCAGUAUUCUCAGCAUCCACGGUAUGCUAAUUAAACGUCCUCAGGCAUUCAUGCUUUGGUGUGCCUCCUGCUACCGGUAA